AUCUUCAGCAGCAACAGCAGCACGCCAACGCGCAAAAACCAGGAGUGCUGGAGCAGAUACGACGGGAGCGCGCAGUAUAGCACCACGGCGCGCACACACAGCUGUCAGCACCAAGGACAGCAGCCUGCUCAGUUCGGAGCGAGCAGCCAGCGACGCAUCGCGCUGAUCAGUCCGCACACAGCGCACCGAGCAGCGGCUGGAGGAGCGACUCAAGCCCCGGAGGAGAAGCCGCGUGGAGGAUGAUUUAAAUAUUUCUGCAAAAAAAAAAAAACGGUUCUGCAGAGGAGAGCACAAAAAAAAAGAAAGAUGGACAAUGCGGUUUGGAUGUCCACAGUUGACAGGCUGCUCUUAAAAUGAGCAUGCACAUUCCUCCGCAUUGCACAUAAAUCCAUCUUUUAUUUUUGUUGUCUUCUCCUACCUUUUCUGGCCCUCCCCCACCCCACCCCUCGCUCUCACCGCCCACCGCCCACCUGGAUCGUGCAUUGCACGGGGUGAGCCGUGCCUCCGUCCAGAAGCUGGUGGAGCCGACCCGCCACCGGGGAGAAAAGCGACCGGGCUGCACUGAGAGGCUGUUCGCUGGUGGUCCACACGAUGCGUCUGUUUCUGUUGGCGGUGCUCUUCUGGUGCUCCUGCGCGCGGGCCGGCUGUGAGCCGAAGAUCGUGAACAUCGGGGCAGUGCUGAGCCAGAAGAGAUACGAGCAGGUCUUCAAAGAUGCCGUGACCCAGGCCAACCAGGUUUAUGGAAGAGAUAAAUUCAAGCUGACUGCCAUCUCCGUCACGCACAAGCCCAACGCCAUCCAGAUGGCUCUGUCCGUGUGCGAGGACCUCAUCUCCAGUCAGGUCUACGCUAUCCUGGUGAGUCACCCUCCCCAGUCCAAUGACCACCUCACUCCAACGCCUGUCUCCUACACUGCGGGCUUCUACCGCAUCCCCGUGGUGGGGCUCACCACCCGCAUGUCCAUCUACUCCGACAAGAGUAUCCACCUGUCCUUUCUGCGGACAGUCCCUCCGUACUCCCACCAGGCGCACGUGUGGUUCGACUUGAUGCGAGAGUUCAACUGGAACCACAUCAUCCUGAUAGUGAGCGAUGACCACGAGGGGCGCGCUGCUCAAAAGAGGCUGGAGACCCUGCUGGAGGAGAGAGAAACAAAGAAUAAAAAAAGGAACUAUGAAAACCUCGACCAACUGUCCUAUGACAACAAGCGAGGACCUAAGGCAGAGAAAGUCCUCCAGUUCAGCCAGGACACUAACUUAACUGCCCUGCUGCUGGAGGCCAAAGAGCUGGAGGCCCGCGUCAUCAUCCUGUCCGCCAGUGAGGAGGACGCUGCUGCAGUGUACAAGGCUGCCCGCUUCCUCAACAUGACGGGCUCGGGGUACGUGUGGCUGGUGGGCGAGCGGGAGAUGUCGGGUAAAGCCCUGAGCGAGGCGCCAGACGGUCUGAUCGGCCUCCAGCUCAUCAACGGGAAGAAUGAGUCGGCGCAUAUCAAUGAUGCGGUGGCUGUGGUGGCUCAGUCCAUCCAGGAGCUCUUUGAGAAGGAGAAUAUCACUGAACCCCCAAAAGGAUGUGUGGGCAACACCAACAUCUGGAAAACAGGGCCGCUCUUUAAACGGGUUCUGAUGUCGUCUAAAUACCCCGAGGGCCUCACAGGUCGCGUGGAGUUCAAUGACGACGGGGACAGGAAGUACGCCCAUUACAGCAUCCUCAACUACCAGAAGACUCGACUCGUUCAAGUCGGCAUUUACAACGGAACACAGGUGGUAAUGAACAAUCAGCGGAAGAUCAUCUGGCCUGGAGGAGAGACGGAGAAACCACAGGGCUUCCAGAUGUCCACUCGACUAAAGAUAGUGACGAUUCACCAGGAGCCAUUUGUGUAUGUGAAACCAACUCAACCGGAUGGAACAUGCCACGAGGAAAUGACAUUAAAUGGAGUCUUAAUAAAAAAGGUUAUCUGCACUGGGCCCAAUGAGACCAUCCCAGGUAACCUAUCAGGACGCCCAAUUGUUCCCCAAUGUUGUUACGGAUUCUGUGUUGAUCUCCUUAUCAAGUUGGCUAUGACCAUGAACUUCACCUAUGAGGUGCACCUGGUGGCUGAUGGGAAAUUUGGAACACAGGAGCGGGUGAACAACAGUAACAAGAAAGAGUGGAAUGGCAUGAUGGGAGAGCUCCUGGGGGGCCUGGCUGACAUGAUUGUAGCCCCGCUGACUAUUAACAACGAACGAGCCCAGUACAUCGAAUUCUCCAAGCCCUUUAAAUAUCAAGGUCUCACCAUCCUUGUUAAAAAGGAAAUACCUCGCAGUACACUGGACUCGUUCAUGCAGCCGUUCCAAAGCACGCUGUGGCUGCUGGUGGGUCUUUCGGUGCAUGUGGUGGCGGUGAUGCUUUACCUACUAGACCGGUUCAGCCCGUUUGGAAGAUUUAAAGUAAACAGUGAAGAAGAAGAAGAAGAUGCCCUCACCUUAUCAUCUGCUAUGUGGUUCUCCUGGGGAGUGUUGUUGAACUCCGGUAUUGGAGAAGGUGCACCGCGUAGCUUCUCAGCGAGAAUCCUAGGUAUGGUGUGGGCCGGAUUUGCCAUGAUAAUUGUGGCAUCCUAUACUGCCAACCUGGCUGCCUUCCUGGUGUUGGACCGACCUGAGGAGCGCAUCACCGGCAUCAAUGACCCAAGGCUGAGAAACCCAUCGGACAAGUUCAUCUACGCCACGGUGAAGCAGAGCUCCGUGGACAUCUACUUCCGGCGGCAGGUGGAGCUUAGCACCAUGUACCGCCACAUGGAGAAGCACAACUAUGAGAGUGCCGCCGAGGCUAUCCAGGCUGUGCGUGACAACAAGCUGCAUGCUUUCAUCUGGGACUCUGCGGUGCUGGAGUUUGAAGCUUCGCAGAAGUGCGACCUGGUGACUACGGGAGAGCUGUUUUUCCGUUCGGGCUUUGGCAUAGGCAUGCGCAAGGACAGCCCCUGGAAACAGAAUGUGUCCCUGGCCAUUCUCAGUUCUCAUGAGAAUGGCUUCAUGGAAGACCUAGAUAAAACCUGGGUGAGAUACCAGGAGUGUGACUCAAGGAGCAAUGCCCCAGCCACACUCACCUUUGAAAACAUGGCAGGGGUAUUCAUGCUGGUGGCCGGUGGGAUUGCAGCAGGUAUCUUCCUAAUCUUCAUUGAAAUCGCCUAUAAGCGCCAUAAAGACGCCCGCAGGAAGCAGAUGCAGCUGGCCUUUGCGGCGGUCAAUGUUUGGAGGAAGAACCUGCAGGACAGUAAGGAGGUCUCUGGAAGUCAAGCGAUGGGAGGGACCCCCUCAUUACCCUCUUCCUCUCUAGAGACUCAGGAUGAUAGGAAAAGUGGUAGAGCAGAGCCCGACCCCCAAAAGAAAGCCUCUUUUAGGUCCAUCAGUACCAACCUGGCCUCCAGCAUCAAGAGACGUAGGUCCUCCAAAGACACGCAGUACCCACCUACUGACAUCACGGGCCAGCUCAACUUGUCUGACCCGUCUGUCAGCACCGUGGUUUAAAGAGAGGGGAGACGCCGAGGUCCGCUCCCAGAGGAGAGAGGAAACGAGACGAGGGAAAGAAAAGGAGAGGAAGAAGUGGACGGGGAGAAGGAGAAGGGAGAAGCCAUCUCCUCGUUCCCUUCACCACUCAAGUCGAGGCUUUCAUUUCACCGCCAGUCGAGGGAAGCUUCGGAGGAAACUUGCUUGCUGAAGAAGUGUCUGAAAAACACUGAACUUGCACCUUUUUUGACAGUCAGGAUUACCUGGCGUUAGAUAUUUGUAGGGUCCCUGAGCAUGCACAGAAGAACCCAUCUGACUCACAUAUACAAUCUUUUCUUCUGUAUAUUAGCAAACUUAUUUAACCUUGUUUUUUUGUCAUUUUGCUCACUCACAGAGACUUAAUGUUUGAUGUUCAAAGUUCCUGACCCGCUGUAUAAGUUUAGCAAGCCAGGUUUAGUUAGUUAAGUUUAAGGAAGUACUGUACUUAACAUAUCACUUUAAUUAGGGCUUAAAUACCAUAGUGAUAGGUUUUCCUAACAGCAUAUACCGCAAUACAAGACGUACUGUAAGCUUCAAUCGAUAUCAAUUAUUUUUUAAUGCAAACUACCUAUGUUUUUAUCUACACUUUAAAGGUUUUUAGAAGAUGUUGCUUUCUUUGAGAAGCACUAUUAAUGGCACUAAGGAUAAGGAACUUGUGAAGAUGAUGGGAGCAUGUGAGCGCUUGUAUAUGAAUAAGAGCUUUAUGUAUCUGAAUGAUGACAUUUUUAUUUUGAAGGCUGUAUACCAGAUUCUGUAGUUGUUUUCCCCUUUAAUUGUGUACUUAUCAACCAAAUGCAUGUUUUUGUGUUCUUCUAAGAACUCAAAGACAUUCUGUUAAGCUUAACUGUCAUUCAAAGCAAGGUGCAAGCUGAACUCACUGAAUAUUUGGAGAUCUGAUCAAACAGUUAAUUAAGACUGGUGUUCUUAUGUACGAAAACAUGUUCUCAUUCGUGAGCCAUGUUGCUUUUGGGGGCGCCCUCUCUCUUCCUCUCUCCUGCCGCAGCAGUCUUUCUCAUUUCCUGUCUCUAAGGGGCUGCAUCAAAGGGCCAGGUUUUUAACUUAACCGUCACUCGGUCUUUCAUGCAAAACCUCGUCCAGGCGUAACGCCGGACAGUUUUUCACGAAGGAAACCCGAGUGAAUUCAAAGCAUGGUCUUGGUUAGGCGUAAAAACAGGCCGUUUCCCAUUUUCUGGAGCUGAGAAACCACUGCUGUUUGUUGAAUCACCUCGUGUCUGCUCUCUGGCACUGCAUAGCAUUUUAUGCUGAGGCGUCUCCCAAACAGUCAAAUAAGAAUAUUGAUUAGUCGAGAAACUACAACAGAGUAACAUCAGUCAGACAUAUUAACUUCUCCACUUUAAUUCCACAAUCUUUUCAUUUCACUUCAGAUACAGUAUCUACACAGCCUUUAGAAGAUUAAUAAUGACCUUUGAAACAACUACACAAAGUGCAAAUCAGAAUUUGGUUUUCUAACUCGAACCAGGAGUUUGCUUUCUGAUCAUGUUCUCAUUCUGGCCUUUGCAUGCUUACGUGUUACUAUCAGUGCUUGGGUCUGUUUUUGGAUGCGUGUUGUUGCCGUGUACAGUCAGCUGAGCUGUGUGGAGCACUCCCUGUAAAUAGAUGUGGUGUAGAUAGAUUUGAGGAGAUUGUACCGCUUGUAUUACGACUGCAGCUGAGAAUGUCUAGUAACACACGCUAACAACAGUUGUGAUUCACUGGCAUGAAACAAACACACAAACAAAAACACACACACACACAUACACAUACACACACCAUCACUUGUUUUUCUUACCUUUUCAAGUAAUGGUCUUGCAUUGAAUCAUCUUGUUUAUACAACUGUAAAUAAAAUAUACUUGCAUUGCCAAGUCUACCCAA